GUUGUGUUUCUUCUUCUCCACGAAGUCGAAGAAGUCUUGAAUCGUCAUUGAUUACGGAGAUACAUAUUCCACCACCGACCAAUUUGAACAAACAAAGCACCUCCGAUCAGUGACAUAUUUAUACAGAGAAGGAAUCUCAGAGAGACAGAGAAAUGGAUUUUGAGCUGCGAAGAGCGAGAGAGAAGUUAGAGAAGGAGCAGAAGGAGAGGAAAGAGAGAGCCAGAUUGAAACUGGAAAGAGAUAGAAAAGCCAAAGAGGAUGCCAGGAAGCAAAGAGAAGCAAUCGAAGCUGUCCAAAGAUCUCGAAGGCUCGAUGCCAUGGAAGCCCAACUCAAGGCUGAACGUCAUAUGGAAGAAAGUUCUCUUGCUGGUGGAGGAAUAAUGUUCACUCGUAUGUUAGAAGCUGUACCUUUUCAGGGAAGUGGAGAUAAAAUCAAACUGCCGCCUUCUUGCUUUAAGGAAUUGUCUGAUCAAGGUGCUUUUGAUAAAGGGCCAAUUUACUUCCGAUUAUCAGUGGUUGACCAAGAGGGUAGUUCAAACAUUAUUGCUAGUGAAAUGCUAGAACGAAAAACAACCCAUUCAGGUGUGCUCGAGUUCACUGCAGAGGAAGGUUCUGUUGGGCUUCCACCACACAUAUGGAAUAAUUUGUUUGCUACUGUUGGCGGACAAACUCCCUUGAUUGAUGUUUCGUAUGUUCGGCUGCCAAAAGGGACUUAUGCGAAACUUCAGCCAGAUGUAGUUGGCUUUUCGGAUAUACCCAACCACAAGGCUGUUCUUGAAACAAGCCUUCGCCAGCAUGCCACCCUUUCUCAAGGUGAAAUGAUCACAGUCAACCAUGGAGUCCUGACAUACAAGUUGCAGGUUCUUGAGUUAAAACCUUCCUCCAGUGUGUCUGUCCUGGAAACAGAUAUUGAGGUUGAUAUUGUUGGUUCAGAUGCAGCUUCAGAGAGGUCUGACCAGCCGGUCCUAAAGCCACUCGUAUUUGGAAAGUCGGAAUCCGGAAUGGUUGAGGAAGGAAGUUAUAUGUAUUAUAAGUUCUUGAUUGACAAUGAUACAUGGGAAAAAAUGGCUACUGGUGUUGUUGAAGUUGAAGUCAAGAUAGAGGCUGAGACAGGUGGUGGUGAUACUGAUCUUUAUAUAUCCAGACAUCCUCUUAUUUUUCCAACCCAACACCAUCACGAAUGGUCUUCCCAUGACGUGGGUUCAAAGGCUUUGAUCCUUAGCUGUAAGGAUAAUAGUGUUGGAGCAGGAAGUUACAGCAUUGGUGUCUUUGGCUUCAAGGCAACGACCAAGUACAAGUUAGCAGCGAGUAUUCAGGAUAAUAGCAAUCAGAAGGUGGGUCAGCAAGCAUCCUCUGUGUCACAUAUGGAGACCGAUACAGUAGAGUGCAGGAACUGUCGGCAUUUUAUACCUAGUAGGAGUAUAGCUUUACAUGAAGCCUACUGCAGCAGACACAAUAUUGUUUGUCAACAUGCUGGUUGUGGAAUUGUUUUGAGGCUUGAAGAGGCAAAGAACCAUGCGCACUGUGACAAAUGUGGGAAAGCUUUUCAGCAGGGUGAGAUGGAGAAACACAUGAAAGUGUUCCAUGAGCCCCUUCAAUGUUCAUGUGGACUAGUCCUUGAGAAGGAACCAAUGGUACAACAUCAGGCUGCAGAUUGCCCCCUACGUCUUAUUACCUGUCGGUUUUGUGGUGACAUGGUUCAAGCUGGGAGCUCAGCUGCAGAUGUUCGUGACCGAUUAAGAGGACUGUCUGAGCAUGAGAGUUUAUGUGGAUCUAGAACUGCUCCAUGUGAUUCCUGUGGACGGUCUGUCAUGUUGAAAGAGAUGGACAUCCAUCAAAUUGCUGUUCAUCAGCAGAAUUGAUGCGGGAUCUAAUUAUUAUCAUUUCCCUGCCCUUCAUGGAGGUAGUUGCGUGUUUUAUGAUGUUAGGUACAUUGUGUAGUGAUGUGGACCGAUCCUUGCUCGCCAUCUUCGUGUCGUUGGCCAGAUCAGAUCGGGGUGUAGGAGUUGUCAUUGGUUAUUGUCAAUGGAACUCACUUCGCUCCGUUAAGCAUACUGUAUACAAGAUACUGAUCUUAUUAGUUGUAACGUUGCAUGUGAUGUAUGUGAUGGUUGUUAUAUCUGAAACUCAGAUUCCUUCCCUGCCAUAUUUGCUUGUCUCCUUUGUUGGGAAAUAUAUUUGUUCUUGCAGAAA